GCGGAUUUACUGUUGGUUUUUGGCUGCUUGAAACAUGGCUACGACAGCUCAAUUAUUCGAGGAGCCAUUUGAUGCUGAUGAGUAUAUUGAGAGACUGGCAUGGAGAACACCUGGAGGAGGUUCCAAAGGAGGUGCUGAGGCAUUUGACCCUAAGAAGUUGCUGGAAGAGUUUGUGAACCACAUUGAGGAACUAAAACUGCUGGAUGAAAGGAUCCAGAGGAAAGUGGAGAAGUUAGAACAGCAGUGCCACCGUGAAGCCAAGGAGUUUGCUCACAAGGUUCAAGACCUUCAAAGGAGCAACCAAGUAGCCUUCCAGCACUUCCAGGAGUUGGAUGAGCAUAUCAGCUAUGUGGCUACUAAGGUGUGCCAUCUGGGAGAUCAGCUAGAAGGAGUCAAUACCCCGAGACAGAGGGCAGUGGAGGCUCAGAGACUUAUGACAUACUUUAACGAGUUCCUGGAUGGAGAGCUGCGCAGUGAUGUAUUCAACAAUCCUGAAAAGAUAAAAGAAGCUGCAGACAUCAUUCAGAAGUUGCACCUGAUCGCUCAGGAGCUGCCAUUUGACAGAUUUUCUGAUGUCAAAGCCAAGAUAGCAAGUAAAUAUCAUGACCUUGAGCGUCAGUUGAUUCAGGAAUUCACAGCAGCUCAGAGAAGAGGAGAGAUUGGACGCAUGCGUGAAGUAGCAGCAGUCCUGCUACAUUUUAAGGGAUAUGCCCACUGUGUUGAUGUCUACAUCAAGCAGUGUCAAGAGGGAGCAUACAUGCGGAAUGAUGUGUUUGAAGACAUUGCUAUUCUGUGUCAACGGGUUAAUAAGCAGGUUGGAGAAGUCUUCUGCAGUCCAGAAACGGUCAUGGCUAAACUCAUUCAAAGCAUCUUUGAGAAUAAGAUACAGGCUCAUGUGAAAGAAAGACUAGAUGAGACGCGCAACUCUGAUGUGGAGCAAUACCUCAAGAACCUCUAUGACCUCUACACAAGGACGACAGCACUGGCUGCUAAACUCACAGACUAUAACUUGGGCUCAGACAAGCACACAUUUCUAUCUAAGCUGAUAAAGAAUAUCUUCUCCUGUUAUCUGGAGAGCUAUAUAGACAUGGAGCGGCAAUAUCUGCAGAACCGCAGCGGCAUGAUUCUUCAGCGCUAUUAUGAUUCCAAGAACCACCAAAAACGACCUGUAGGCACUGGAAGUAUCCAGGAGCUAAAAGAGAGAAUCAGACAACGCACGAACUUGCCUCUGGGACCCAGUAUUGACACACAUGGAGAGACUUUGCUCUCACAAGAAGUUGUGGUCAACCUUUUGCAAGAAACAAGGCAUGCCUUUGAGAGAUGCAACAAGUUGUCAGACCCAGCAGAUCUGCCAAAGAAUGCCUUCUCCAUUUUCCUGAUUUUGGUGGAGUACCUGUGUGUGGACCAUAUAGACUACGCCCUUGAGAUUGGGCUGUCAGCCAUCCCAUCUGCAGAUGCCAAAAAUGCCAACCUCUACUUUCUGGAUGUGGUUCAGCAGGCCAACACAAUCUUUCACCUCUUCGAUAAGCAGUUUAACGAUCAUCUUAUGCCUCUUAUUAGCUCCUCUCCUAAGUUGACGGAGUGCUUGCAUAAGAAGAAAGAGGUGAUCGAACAAAUGGAAGUCAAGCUGGACACUGGGAUUGAUCGGACACUGAAUUGCAUGAUUGGCCAAAUGAAGUACAUCCUGACCACUGAACAGAAGAAAACCGACUUCAAGCCAGAAGAUGAGAACAAUGUCAUGAUACAGUACACUACAGCAUGCUCAAAGGUGUGCGCCUAUGUGGGGAAGCAGGUGGAGCGUGUGCGGAGGUCCAUGGAUGGUAAGAAUGUAGACACUGUUUUGACGGAGCUGGGAGUGCGCUUCCACAGGCUCAUCCAUGAGCACCUGCAGCAGUUCAGCUACAGCUCCAUGGGUGGCAUGCUGGCCAUCUGUGAUGUGGCAGAAUACCGCCGCUCUGCCAAAGAUUUCCGGGUUCCACUGGUACUCCAACUCUUCGACACACUUCACGCUCUCUGUAACCUUCUGGUCGUUGCACCAGACAACCUCAAACAGGUGUGCUCUGGAGAGCAGCUCACCAACCUGGACCGGAACCUCCUCCACGCUUUCGUUCAGCUCAGAGUAGACUAUCGCUCAGCCCGACUCGGCCGGCAUUUCAGCUAAUGACCGCCCAAUUCCCCGCCUGCCGCACUGCCGUCCAUUCAGAGCUGCAAGAAUCACAAGAGGCCAAUCUGGAGUGGCGUUUGAACUGUCUUUGUCUAUGAUUCAGUGUGGAAAUUACACUUUGUGUUUAAAGAACAAAAGAGCAACACUUCUCAAAUUGCUCCAUUUUAAAUUACUCAUUUUGUUCAACGUGCACAUUUUAAUACAAGCAUUGUGUUCUAUCUCAA